AUGGACUAUUUUGAGGACGCGCUGUUCACCGUCUUUGCGCAUCACCAACCAGCACGUGGCGAUCCUGGCACGCGCAGCGUGUUUGCCGACGAGGCGCUUGCGCCGUCUCGGCACGGGGAGCGGCGCAUCGUGUACCGCAUCCCUGAGCUCAGCUCGGAGAACACGCGUCUAUUCGCGCACCACCAGUGGGAUGCAGGCGUGCAUCUUGCCAAGAUGAUCACGGCGCGCGAGAUGGAUGUGCGAGCCAAGCGCGUCGUGGAACUUGGUGCAGGGACCGGUCUGCCGUCGCUCGUGGCGGCCGUCAUGGGCGCGCGGCACUGCGUCGUGACGGACUACCCAGAUCCCGACAUUCUCGCGGCGCUGCAGCGCAACGUGCAUGACACAUGCGACGCGUAUGCAGCGUUGUCGCUGGAAGUGCGUGGCCUGGCAUGGGGCGACGUGACGCAGGAGGCCCAGGCAGGCGGUCCGUUUGACAUGGUGAUGGCGGCCGAUGUGCUAUGGGUAUCUUCGCAGCACGCUCACCUACUGCACUCCAUCUGUGCGCUGCUUGCGCACACAUCCGAGGCGCGCGCUGUGAUUGUAGCCGGCUUUCACACGGGCCGACCGGCGACGGCGCGGUUUUUUGAGGCGGCGCGCGAAGCGGGCCUCGUGCCGGACGCGACGGCCAAGUUCGGCGGCAUGUAUGAACGCAGCGUGCUGGGCGACGAGCGGGCGUACACGGCGUCGGAUGACAUGGGUGACAUCGAGGAGCGGAGCAAGUGGGUCGUCGUCGCGUGUCUCCGAUGGCGCUAG